UACAACCAUAACCAGUAGCGCAACUCAGCUGUUUCUGUUUACUAAACAAAGGAGCCAGAAAUCAGUUCAACGGUGGACGGCGAGCGGCACGUUUGUGUGUCCGUACGCGACACCACAUUCUACCUAACCUCUUCGAUCAACCAAUAUAAAACCGAUCUCGCUUCGUGAUCGCAGGUAAAAAUCGCGAGUGCAACCGAACCAGGAUAUUCUUUGUAGCCUCGUCGACCACGGGAUAUACGUACACAAGUAUCAGAGGAACGAGCGUGAAAUAAAACGGAUGAAACAAAUGCAGUAAACAUGCCGUCGUUGUUGGAAGCGCUGGAGCUUAAGUACGGUAGUUCAACGACCGACUGCUCCCUCACGGACGAGGAGACAGAGUCGAGCUCGCCGAAGGCCGCCCUCUCGGUCAGCAUCUUCAUACCUAAGAAGUCACCCCGUCACACGGUGCCGGCGUUACUGGUGUUACAAGACUGCGACAUCGAGUCGGCCGGGAACGACGCGGAGAAGCUUCGCAAUAAAUGCAAAAACGUUGAGGAGCUCGAUCUAGCGCAAAACAAGCUGUCCCAAUGGACGGAGGUGUUCGGUAUUCUACAACACAUGCCGAAGAUCAAGUUUGUCAACUUGAGUUUCAAUUGUCUGGCGGAAGUUCUUGAGAUCAAGCACGGUAGUUAUGAUCUGUUGAAGAAUCUAGUUUUGAACGGUACCAGGGUCUCCUGGUCGACGGUCCAAGGACUCGUACGGCUCCUUCGUAAUCUCGAGGAGCUCCACCUUUCCCUCAACGAAUACAAGACGGUCGACCUGGACUAUCAGAAGCCGGAGAACGGUAACGAUUCGCUAAAAAAGCUUCACUUCACUGGAAAUCCCGUUGAAGUAUGGAACGAGAUCUCCAAGCUGGGAUACAUCUUCCCGAACUUGGAGAGUCUGGUGCUCGCGGAGUGUCCGAUAAGGUCGUUGGCCCUUGUGGAUAAUAGGAACUCGAACGAGGAGACGUGUUCGAAGAAAGAGACCGAGAACCUUAGCCAGGACAACGAAAACAUGAACAACGUGGACGUGGAAGAGAAUAUCGUAGACGAGAAAGGUAACAGGAUAUUCAGCGAGGUGAAGGUCAACUACGAUAGGUCCGAGUCAGAAUCAGAGUCCAGUGGCACCACCAUUAAGUCCUCCCACGAUCCUUUUAGGAAACUUAGGUUCCUAAAUGUGAAUGGUACCCUUUUGUCCACUUGGGACGAUGUGGAGAGAUUGGCUAGAUUCCCGGCGCUGAAGUCGUUGAGGAUUCAGGGCUGUCCUCUUUUCGAGAGUCCUCGAGAGUACACGGAACACGAAAGGAGAGAACUGUUAAUCGCCAGACUUCCAAACGUGGAAACGUUAAACGGCGGUGGCGUGAUAUCGUCACAAGAGCGCGAGGACGCUGAAAGAGCCUUCAUUCGAUACUACAUGGACAAACCGGAAGCUGAUAGACCCGAAAGGUAUUCCGAGCUUGUGGCUAUUCAUGGAAAGCUGGAUCCUCUGGUACACGUUGACCUAACGCCAGAGAAAAGGGUCAAGGUCACGUUCACUUACGGAGACCUGGUCGAGGUACGAUCUGUAGAUGUAUACAGAACUGUUUUCGAGUUGAAAACUAAACUGGAGACAAUGGUUAAAAUCCCCGCUAAUAGGAUGAGACUAUUCUACGUGGAUCAGGUGAUGAAGGCACAGUAUGGACCAGAAGAAAUGCUGUAUCCAAACAAACAAUUGUAUCGGUACAAUAUUCGAAACGGCGACGAAAUUAUAAUUGACAGCAAACUAAAUCGCUUCGUCUCGACGUCUUCGACUACGUCUUCCAUUCGUUCCUGAAGAAGAUUUACCAGCGAAUCGUCGGACGAUACGAAACACACCUGACGGUUGUUGGAAUCUGAUCUCCAUUGAUGAAUCCUACGGUUCAAAGGACGAGUUUGCUUCGAUCGUAGAUCGACCACGAACUUUUUUACAUAAUACAUACACAGAGUAAUUGUUCUAGCAAUUGUAUUUAUCGAUUCUUCAGGGUCGAGGAACGUAUCGUAUACACUGAGAACAGGUGGAAGAAACGUUAUGAAUGAUGAAUGAAUGUCCGAGGAGAAACGAGGUGGGAUAUUCACGCAGUAUGAACGUGUCAAGUGAAAUUUGGAUUAAGCAGAUUCGAUGGAGGCGACGAGCGAAACUGUGAAUACACGCUGGAUAACACGUGUAUUAUAUUCGUCAUAUUUUUACGAAAAAUUUCAAUGGAUACAAGCUCGUAAAGCAUAGAGGCUCUUCGAAGCUUCGCAUUAAUCUUUAGCAUAGAUUUCAAUCAAGCCUACGGGAAGAGCGAAAAAAAAAAAUUGUAUAAAGUACUUAGUUAAGUAGUACUCGAUUUACAAAUUGUUUUCAAGUAGUACGCGUUGUCUGUUGCUUCGAAAGAUGAAAGUUAACAUACCUUGACCAUUGUACAAAACAGAGAACCUAGUGACUCAAUGGUCGACUCGAUUGAGGAUGAAACAUUAAAAAUUCAUAUAGAUCUUAAUGUCGUUGUUGGUUUUUAGUAGAGUUGACAUUUUUUGUAACGACAAAGGCGACACAGCUCGGUUACACAGGUGAAUUUAACUGUGUUAACAGAGAUAGUGGGAGUUGAAUGAUCGAACUUGUGAAUUCUAAACGUGACACAGUCACAUAAUCGCAGAACAAUGCAACGAGCGUGAUGAUAGAAGAAAGUUAUCGAAGCUGCUGAAUAGAAUAAACUAUUUUUAUAGAUUGCAGCCGUCUGUGUUUAAGAUUAACGUGAAGAAAUCGAUACAGCUUUCUUCUGUUUCCACUAAUGAACACACCAAAUUUUCCUUCUUUUUGUUACUUUUUUCUUUGGAGAAGUAAGACCUUGUUUUAUGAUGUAGCAGCUUAAUUAAUUUAAAAUGCAUAUGUAUGUUUACAUAGGUGGUAGAGAAGAGAAAAUCAUUUCUGAAUUAUGAAAAGAAAAUUAUAUCAUAAUUUUGGUGUGUACUUAAUCUUGGAAGUUAUCAAGAUAACAAUGAAUUAAGUAUGUAUCGCUAUAUUCUAUAUUUUUAGUUUGUAAUUCAUAACAUGUCUUUCAUUAUAUUGAUUUCUCUUUUGAUGUUUGUAAAAUGUCCAGGGUGAAGCCUCGGUAUCGUGUGAAGUUAUCUAAUGAAGUCUGAUGGAUAUAAGACGUUGACCUUUUGCACUUGUAUGAAAAUUAUGAUAAUUAGAAGAUAACGUACAGAAAAAUAAGUCGAAGUAAUUCGCUAUACGUUGACUGAUCCACAGAGUUUAAAUGAUUACUAUUUAGUGCAAAGGGUUAAAAUGGAAGACACGAAGAUGUUGCACGUUUCAGUUUAGUCGCUUGCAAAGAUGGAACCUUGAAGAGUCACUUAGUGCCUGCCUUUUAAUAGCGUAACUUGAAUACUUCUAACACUGCCCUGUAAAUACCAUGAAAACGCGUACUUCAAAGCAUCUUCGUCGACUCUUCAUGGUAUAAUUAAUUCGGUUCACUGGUAUGUGUAUCUCGUCCUUGGCAUUGGAAUAUUUUAUGCUUCAUUGGUAAUUAUUGAAUCAGUUACAUUUUUACAACUGUAUUACAAAUAUCGACAAGAAAACCAUAGAGAAGAAAGUGAGAGCGUGUAAAUAUAGUCCAGUGCAUGGGAUACAAUAUAUUCAUCAAAAGAGAAAGAGAAAGUUCAUCAUUGACGAGGAAAGUCGGUCAAUGUAAAUCUUUCAGAGAUGAAAUCUUGCAUUGCGAACAUUCUUGAACGUUGAAUUUCAGGGUGAUCUGAAUGGAUCUGAAUUGUUCCAUAGAAAUCGAUGAUAACCCUGAAAUUCUACGACUUGUAUGUGUCUAGUCUCGGAAAAGGAACCCUGCAUUGUUCUCGUUUUAUAAUAUGAUCCUUUUUUGUGCUGGCGCAAAUGUGUACGUACUAACGAAAUAAAAUCUUUAUAUGAGA